AUGGAGAACAGAUUUGUCCCUUAUUCCGAUGGCCCUUCUGAGCAGGACCGCACUGCAAUUGCACCCACCAUUGAGGCCAUCCGAAAAGUCUUCCAGGUGCACUCGUUUUCCAUCGGAGUAGUUUAUCACGGCGAAACUGUCUACACCAAGGGAUUUGGAUAUGCCAACCAGGAGAACAGCCGAGUGCCGGACAAGGACACCAUCUACACGCUAGCCUCAUGCACAAAGGGCUUUACGGGCACCGCGAUCGGUCUCUUGGCCUACCAGGGCAAGAUCAACUUGGACGAGAAAGUCACGCACUAUUUACCAUCGUUCCAUACGAAGAACAGCCCCGCCGUAAGCCAGCAGAUGACGGUCAAGGACUUGCUCUCCCAUUGCUCAGGGCUCUCCCCACUGCCGUACGAGGUAAUUGGCAAGAAUGGCUCCGUCUUUGCCCGCAGAGAAGACGUCAUCCAGAUUUGCAACAAUCACCCGCACGAGUCAGAUUUCUGCUCCGAGUGGAAGUACAACAAUUGGAUGACAUUCGGGCAACUCGUGCAGCACGAGGUCUUUGAUCCUCUAGGCAUGACCCGCACUGCAACCAAGAAUCCUAAAACCGACGACAACUACGCCCGUCCGUAUCUCGCCUUCUCCGACGGGUCAUCGGACCCUGUCCAGCUUCCUGGUCUCUCGGACGGCUGGGCGUUUGAUGCCUCUGGGUCUCUGCGAUCCUCCGUCAGCGAUAUGCUCACCUGGGCCAAAGCCUUGAUGAAUGCCCGGAGAACCUCUUUCGAUGACCACAAGGAGGUUUCUCCCCCAUAUUCUUACCCUUUCUCCUGGCUAUCUGCGUGCCUCAAGUCUCGACAACCCCGUCCACCGCAUCCGCUUGUCACUCGUCCACGCCCUAAGGGCCGCCAGACACCGCAUUUCCCACUCGCUACAGACCCCAACCAGGCAUACGCCCUGAGCCUCUUCACAUUCCAGCUCCCAACAACCGAAAUGAACCUCGUUACCAACACCGACGUGAUCACCACGCCGUACCGCAUCGGCGCAGCCUCUCCCCCCUUGACCGUCGUCGGCCACACGGGCGAGCUAGGCGGUUUCCUCUCGGCUUACUGGACACUCUCCGAGGAGGACAGCGCGGUCGUGGUUCUUUGCAACUCCUUCCAGCUCAACGGCGACCCUACCAACAUCGUCGCCCAGUUACUAAUCCAAACGCUCUUUAACUUGCAGCCGCAGGUCGACUUCCUGAGCGUCGCACCGGAGAUUGUCACAAACGCAAAAGCACGCUGGCACACCCUCGUGCACGAGUGGACCGCCCAUCGCAUCCAGGGGACGGUCCCUAGCGAAGCACAGAGUUAUGCCGGCACGUACACCAACACGGGUCUCGCCAUGUCACUCGAGGUCGUCGCGGAAGGCUCAUCCAAAUUACGUCUUUGCAUCAACGACAAUGAAGAGCAGACUUUCGAGCUUUACCACUACCACCGCGAUACCUGGACGUUCCUGCCUGCCAGUCGCGACGAGGCUAUUCGACAAGGCUACUCGCCUUAUCUAUACUCGCGGCAGGCGUUCCUCAUUGAGUUCACGGACGUGGCCGACAACCACUUCCAGUCCAUCCGCUGGAAAUUGGAUUUCGAUCAGAGGAUCGAGAAGCAGGUGUUUGACUUUUCGGCGAAAUAG